AUGUCAAGCCUUACGCCGAACCCGCUAUGGCAAACCGACGUCAGCGAGGUUCAACUGUCAAUCAGUGAACUUCCUCUCUUGUUGCGUCUUGAUCCUCACAAUAUCCCUUCUAUCCAAGCCAUUUCUACUGCGAAGGUUACAAACACACACCACAUACAUCCCGACCGUUCCCUGCAUGGCCCGGAGAAGUGUCCCGACGAUCCUCCGGUAACCCGAAACUUUUCUGCCAAAAUAUCGCCGAGUGAUCACGAGGGGCGCAGAAACGACCGUAAUUCCACCCCCAGACCCUCUUUCCCCAGUUGCGCCUCGGCCGCACAAGAUCGCCUGUCAUUACCCACCCCCUUCUCUCCCAUGUCGACUGGGAUUUCAGACCAUGCGCAGCUUGAUUCCGUCGUUCUCACGCCACGCCACCAGUUUCACGCAAGCCCGGAGUCCUCUCCGCAGUCUAACUCUCCGAUGAGUGGGAUCGCUCAGACGAGAUCGCCCAUUGCUGGCGGCGCCAGUAUCCAGAUCACACCGAAUGCCGGAGCCGAUACACAAAAAAGCGGCGCGGCCGUGAAGACACGCAGUGUUGAUUAUAUCUUGCGAAGCGGUCUCGCUGGAGGAUUAGCGGGAUGUGCGGCCAAAACCGUUGUGGCACCCCUUGACCGCGUCAAAAUCCUCUUCCAAGCGUCAAACCCGCAAUUUGCCAAAUACACAGGCAGUUGGGCUGGCCUCGCUGCUGCCAUCCGUGAUAUCAAGCGCUAUGAAGGCGCCCGGGGCCUGUUCAAAGGCCAUUCCGCUACACUUCUCCGUAUCUUCCCCUACGCUGCCAUCAAGUUCCUCGCCUACGAACAGAUCCGUGCCGUCAUAAUCCCAUCCCACGAUAAAGAGACUGCGAUCCGCCGCCUGGUAUCGGGCAGUUUGGCAGGCAUCACCUCGGUGUUUUGCACAUACCCCCUCGAACUCGUACGAGUACGACUGGCAUUCGAAACGAAACAGUCCUCCCGCUCGUCUUUGACCGAUAUCUGUCGGCAGAUCUACAAUGAGCGUGUUUCACCACCUGCGGCUACCGCAGGAGCCAAGACCGCCUCGGCCACUGUCGCUACGGCGGAGACAGUAGCAUCGACUGUCAAUCAGGCUGUGCCACGGUCUGGCAUCGCCAACUUCUACCGCGGCUUUGGCCCAACCAUUCUUGGCAUGCUGCCAUACGCUGGCGUGUCUUUCCUCACACACGACACCGUGGGCGACUGGCUUCGCAGUCCCUCCGUCGCACAAUACACAACAAUCCCGGCUUCAGAAUCCAAACCGAAGAAAGGAUCUCGUCAACCUCAGCUGACUGCCGCCGCCGAGCUCUUCUCUGGCGCAGUGGCCGGUGUUGUCUCACAAACCUCCUCAUACCCACUGGAAGUGAUUAGGCGGCGCAUGCAGGUUGGUGGUGCAGUCGGUGACGGCCAGCGACUUGGAAUCAUCGAAACGGGCCGCAAAAUCUGGCUUGAGCGAGGUUUCCGUGGCUUCUGGGUUGGCCUCACCAUUGGAUAUAUUAAGGUCGUACCCAUGGCCGCAACCGCCUUCUUUGUCUAUGAGCGGUUGAAGUGGUCCUUGGGGAUCUAG